CUUGUUACAGAUAUGUUGUAAAAUGGUGAGAUUUGUAGCAAGUGUAUCUGAACGUUCAGUAAAAUGUACGGAAUGUCAAGGAGUUAUUGUACAGGGUGACCUCAGGAUUGGUAAGGGAAGUUCUGUGUUUAAAUUCUUCCACGCACCCUGUUUAUUCAACAAUUUCGCCAGGGCUGGCAGAGGAGCAGUUAUUAUUAAGAAGCUUGAUGAGAUAGAGGGUAUGGGUAAUCUACUUGAUGUUCAUCAAACUACAAUCAAACAACUUUUUGAGAACUAUGCAAGACAAUAUUUCCAACCUGCUCAGCUGAAUGAUCUCGGCAUCUCUCAAAUUAAUCAAGUAUUGCCACUGCCAUGUCUGACUGCCGAGUCAUCUGCAAAGACCAAUUUGUCCAACCUAAACCAAAAUUCUAGUUCCACACCAUUAUCUGCAGGAGCAUCAACUGCUGUAGCUAAGGAUUCAGCCAACAUUGAUAAACUUAGAGCUACUGGAACCACCCGAGCAGCUGCAGUUACUGGAAUAAUGACAUGCAUUGUAUCAGGAGGGCAGAACAAUGUAGUAGUACCGGGAGGGCAGAACAAGGUAGUAGUACCAGGAGGGCAGAACAACGUAGUUUUGCCAGGAGUGCAGAACAAUAUAGUUCUACCAGGAGUGCAGAACAAAAGAGCUGUACAAGGAGUGAAGAACCACGUUGUUGCACCAGGAGGGCAGAAUAGUCCAAGAGUUUCAGUUAUAGUGCAAGGAUGUCAGAACAACCUGGGAGCUUUGUCUUCUGGAUCUGUAAUUCUUAUUUCUAGUGAUAGUGAAGAUGAGAAAACUGCACCAAGGGUUGUUCCAAUGAAACGGGCUCUCUCUGCCUUAUAUAUGAAUCGGGGAAAAUGA